AUGAAGUUUAUCCAGAUCGCGCUUAUCGUCGCUGCAGUAUGUCUUGCUCAAGUCUGUGCUCAACGCACAAACACAAUCCCCGAAAACUGCAACCGGGGCUCGUUUAACCGCAACUGCUACCGCAGCCCCACCAGCUAA